CUGAUUCCCUGGCUUAGGCUCAAGACGUAUGCCAACUUCCCAGAAGCACCUCAGGAGGAGGCUUCUCUCAGCAAUAGGCUCAAGACGUAUGCCAACUUCCCAGAAGCACCUCAGGAGGAGGCUUCUCUCAGCAAUAGGCUCAAGACGUAUGCCAACUUCCCAGAAGCACCUCAGGAGGAGGCUUCUCUCAGCAAUAGGCUCAAGACGUAUGCCAACUUCCCAGAAGCACCUCAGGAGGAGGCUUCUCUCAGCAAUAGGCUCAAGACGUAUGCCAACUUCCCAGAAGCACCUCAGGAGGAGGCUUCUCUCAGCAAUAGGCUCAAGACGUAUGCCAACUUCCCAGAAGCACCUCAGGAGGAGGCUUCUCUCAGCAAUAGGCUCAAGACGUAUGCCAACUUCCCAGAAGCACCUCAGGAGGAGGCUUCUCUCAGCAAUAGGCUCAAGACGUAUGCCAACUUCCCAGAAGCACCUCAGGAGGAGGCUUCUCUCAGCAAUAGGCUCAAGACGUAUGCCAACUUCCCAGAAGCACCUCAGGAGGAGGCUUCUCUCAGCAAUAGGCUCAAGACGUAUGCCAACUUCCCAGAAGCACCUCAGGAGGAGGCUUCUCUCAGCAAUAGGCUCAAGACGUAUGCCAACUUCCCAGAAGCACCUCAGGAGGAGGCUUCUCUCAGCAAUAGGCUCAAGACGUAUGCCAACUUCCCAGAAGCACCUCAGGAGGAGGCUUCUCUCAGCAAUAGGCUCAAGACGUAUGCCAACUUCCCAGAAGCACCUCAGGAGGAGGCUUCUCUCAGCAAUAGGCUCAAGACGUAUGCCAACUUCCCAGAAGCACCUCAGGAGGAGGCUUCUCUCAGCAAUAGGCUCAAGACGUAUGCCAACUUCCCAGAAGCACCUCAGGAGGAGGCUUCUCUCAGCAAUAGGCUCAAGACGUAUGCCAACUUCCCAGAAGCACCUCAGGAGGAGGCUUCUCUCAGCAAUAGGCUCAAGACGUAUGCCAACUUCCCAGAAGCACCUCAGGAGGAGGCUUCUCUCAGCAAUAGGCUCAAGACGUAUGCCAACUUCCCAGAAGCACCUCAGGAGGAGGCUUCUCUCAGCAAUAGGCUCAAGACGUAUGCCAACUUCCCAGAAGCACCUCAGGAGGAGGCUUCUCUCAGCAAUAGGCUCAAGACGUAUGCCAACUUCCCAGAAGCACCUCAGGAGGAGGCUUCUCUCAGCAAUAGGCUCAAGACGUAUGCCAACUUCCCAGAAGCACCUCAGGAGGAGGCUUCUCUCAGCAAUAGGCUCAAGACGUAUGCCAACUUCCCAGAAGCACCUCAGGAGGAGGCUUCUCUCAGCAAUAGGCUCAAGACGUAUGCCAACUUCCCAGAAGCACCUCAGGAGGAGGCUUCUCUCAGCAAUAGGCUCAAGACGUAUGCCAACUUCCCAGAAGCACCUCAGGAGGAGGCUUCUCUCAGCAAUAGGCUCAAGACGUAUGCCAACUUCCCAGAAGCACCUCAGGAGGAGGCUUCUCUCAGCAAUAGGCUCAAGACGUAUGCCAACUUCCCAGAAGCACCUCAGGAGGAGGCUUCUCUCAGCAAUAGGCUCAAGACGUAUGCCAACUUCCCAGAAGCACCUCAGGAGGAGGCUUCUCUCAGCAAUAGGCUCAAGACGUAUGCCAACUUCCCAGAAGCACCUCAGGAGGAGGCUUCUCUCAGCAAUAGGCUCAAGACGUAUGCCAACUUCCCAGAAGCACCUCAGGAGGAGGCUUCUCUCAGCAAUAGGCUCAAGACGUAUGCCAACUUCCCAGAAGCACCUCAGGAGGAGGCUUCUCUCAGCAAUAGGCUCAAGACGUAUGCCAACUUCCCAGAAGCACCUCAGGAGGAGGCUUCUCUCAGCAAUAGGCUCAAGACGUAUGCCAACUUCCCAGAAGCACCUCAGGAGGAGGCUUCUCUCAGCAAUAGGCUCAAGACGUAUGCCAACUUCCCAGAAGCACCUCAGGAGGAGGCUUCUCUCAGCAAUAGGCUCAAGACGUAUGCCAACUUCCCAGAAGCAACUCAGGAGGAGGCUUCUCUCAGCAAUAGGCUCAAGACGUAUGCCAACUUCCCAGAAGCACCUCAGGAGGAGGCUUCUCUCAGCAAUAGGCUCAAGACGUAUGCCAACUUCCCAGAAGCACCUCAGGAGGAGGCUUCUCUCAGCAAUAGGCUCAAGACGUAUGCCAACUUCCCAGAAGCACCUCAGGAGGAGGCUUCUCUCAGCAAUAGGCUCAAGACGUAUGCCAACUUCCCAGAAGCACCUCAGGAGGAGGCUUCUCUCAGCAAUAGGCUCAAGACGUAUGCCAACUUCCCAGAAUCACCUCAGGAGGAGGCUUCUCUCAGCAAUAGGCUCAAGACGUAUGCCAACUUCCCAGAAGCACCUCAGGAGGAGGCUUCUCUCAGCAAUAGGCUCAAGACGUAUGCCAACUUCCCAGAAGCACCUCAGGAGGAGGCUUCUCUCAGCAAUAGGCUCAAGACGUAUGCCAACUUCCCAGAAGCACCUCAGGAGGAGGCUUCUCUCAGCAAUAGGCUCAAGACGUAUGCCAACUUCCCAGAAGCACCUCAGGAGGAGGCUUCUCUCAGCAAUAGGCUCAAGACGUAUGCCAACUUCCCAGAAGCACCUCAGGAGGAGGCUUCUCUCAGCAAUAGGCUCAAGACGUAUGCCAACUUCCCAGAAGCACCUCAGGAGGAGGCUUCUCUCAGCAAUAGGCUCAAGACGUAUGCCAACUUCCCAGAAGCACCUCAGGAGGAGGCUUCUCUCAGCAAUAGGCUCAAGACGUAUGCCAACUUCCCAGAAGCACCUCAGGAGGAGGCUUCUCUCAGCAAUAGGCUCAAGACGUAUGCCAACUUCCCAGAAGCACCUCAGGAGGAGGCUUCUCUCAGCAAUAGGCUCAAGACGUAUGCCAACUUCCCAGAAGCACCUCAGGAGGAGGCUUCUCUCAGCAAUAGGCUCAAGACGUAUGCCAACUUCCCAGAAGCACCUCAGGAGGAGGCUUCUCUCAGCAAUAGGCUCAAGACGUAUGCCAACUUCCCAGAAGCACCUCAGGAGGAGGCUUCUCUCAGCAAUAGGCUCAAGACGUAUGCCAACUUCCCAGAAGCACCUCAGGAGGAGGCUUCUCUCAGCAAUAGGCUCAAGACGUAUGCCAACUUCCCAGAAGCACCUCACGAGGAGGCUUCUCUCAGCAAUAGGCUCAAGACGUAUGCCAACUUCCCAGAAGCACCUCAGGAGGAGGCUUCUCUCAGCAAUAGGCUCAAGACGUAUGCCAACUUCCCAGAAGCACCUCAGGAGGAGGCUUCUCUCAGCAAUAGGCUCAAGACGUAUGCCAACUUCCCAGAAGCACCUCAGGAGGAGGCUUCUCUCAGCAAUAGGCUCAAGACGUAUGCCAACUUCCCAGAAGCACCUCAGGAGGAGGCUUCUCUCAGCAAUAGGCUCAAGACGUAUGCCAACUUCCCAGAAGCACCUCAGGAGGAGGCUUCUCUCAGCAAUAGGCUCAAGACGUAUGCCAACUUCCCAGAAGCACCUCAGGAGGAGGCUUCUCUCAGCAAUAGGCUCAAGACGUAUGCCAACUUCCCAGAAGCACCUCAGGAGGAGGCUUCUCUCAGCAAUAGGCUCAAGACGUAUGCCAACUUCCCAGAAGCACCUCAGGAGGAGGCUUCUCUCAGCAAUAGGCUCAAGACGUAUGCCAACUUCCCAGAAGCACCUCAGGAGGAGGCUUCUCUCAGCAAUAGGCUCAAGACGUAUGCCAACUUCCCAGAAGCACCUCAGGAGGAGGCUUCUCUCAGCAAUAGGCUCAAGACGUAUGCCAACUUCCCAGAAGCACCUCAGGAGGAGGCUUCUCUCAGCAAUAGGCUCAAGACGUAUGCCAACUUCCCAGAAGCACCUCACGAGGAGGCUUCUCUCAGCAAUAGGCUCAAGACGUAUGCCAACUUCCCAGAAGCACCUCAGGAGGAGGCUUCUCUCAGCAAUAGGCUCAAGACGUAUGCCAACUUCCCAGAAGCACCUCAGGAGGAGGCUUCUCUCAGCAAUAGGCUCAAGACGUAUGCCAACUUCCCAGAAGCACCUCAGGAGGAGGCUUCUCUCAGCAAUAGGCUCAAGACGUAUGCCAACUUCCCAGAAGCACCUCAGGAGGAGGCUUCUCUCAGCAAUAGGCUCAAGACGUAUGCCAACUUCCCAGAAGCACCUCAGGAGGAGGCUUCUCUCAGCAAUAGGCUCAAGACGUAUGCCAACUUCCCAGAAGCACCUCAGGAGGAGGCUUCUCUCAGCAAUAGGCUCAAGACGUAUGCCAACUUCCCAGAAGCACCUCAGGAGGAGGCUUCUCUCAGCAAUAGGCUCAAGACGUAUGCCAACUUCCCAGAAGCACCUCAGGAGGAGGCUUCUCUCAGCAAUAGGCUCAAGACGUAUGCCAACUUCCCAGAAGCACCUCAGGAGGAGGCUUCUCUCAGCAAUAGGCUCAAGACGUAUGCCAACUUCCCAGAAGCACCUCAGGAGGAGGCUUCUCUCAGCAAUAGGCUCAAGACGUAUGCCAACUUCCCAGAAGCACCUCAGGAGGAGGCUUCUCUCAGCAAUAGGCUCAAGACGUAUGCCAACUUCCCAGAAGCACCUCAGGAGGAGGCUUCUCUCAGCAAUAGGCUCAAGACGUAUGCCAACUUCCCAGAAGCACCUCAGGAGGAGGCUUCUCUCAGCAAUAGGCUCAAGACGUAUGCCAACUUCCCAGAAGCACCUCAGGAGGAGGCUUCUCUCAGCAAUAGGCUCAAGACGUAUGCCAACUUCCCAGAAGCACCUCAGGAGGAGGCUUCUCUCAGCAAUAGGCUCAAGACGUAUGCCAACUUCCCAGAAGCACCUCAGGAGGAGGCUUCUCUCAGCAAUAGGCUCAAGACGUAUGCCAACUUCCCAGAAGCACCUCAGGAGGAGGCUUCUCUCAGCAAUAGGCUCAAGACGUAUGCCAACUUCCCAGAAGCACCUCAGGAGGAGGCUUCUCUCAGCAAUAGGCUCAAGACGUAUGCCAACUUCCCAGAAGCACCUCAGGAGGAGGCUUCUCUCAGCAAUAGGCUCAAGACGUAUGCCAACUUCCCAGAAGCACCUCAGGAGGAGGCUUCUCUCAGCAAUAGGCUCAAGACGUAUGCCAACUUCCCAGAAGCACCUCAGGAGGAGGCUUCUCUCAGCAAUAGGCUCAAGACGUAUGCCAACUUCCCAGAAGCACCUCAGGAGGAGGCUUCUCUCAGCAAUAGGCUCAAGACGUAUGCCAACUUCCCAGAAGCACCUCAGGAGGAGGCUUCUCUCAGCAAUAGGCUCAAGACGUAUGCCAACUUCCCAGAAGCACCUCAGGAGGAGGCUUCUCUCAGCAAUAGGCUCAAGACGUAUGCCAACUUCCCAGAAGCACCUCAGGAGGAGGCUUCUCUCAGCAAUAGGCUCAAGACGUAUGCCAACUUCCCAGAAGCACCUCAGGAGGAGGCUUCUCUCAGCAAUAGGCUCAAGACGUAUGCCAACUUCCCAGAAGCACCUCAGGAGGAGGCUUCUCUCAGCAAUAGGCUCAAGACGUAUGCCAACUUCCCAGAAGCACCUCAGGAGGAGGCUUCUCUCAGCAAUAGGCUCAAGACGUAUGCCAACUUCCUAGAAGCACCUCAGGAGGAGGCUUCUCUCAGCAAUAGGCUCAAGACGUAUGCCAACUUCCCAGAAGCACCUCAGGAGGAGGCUUCUCUCAGCAAUAGGCUCAAGACGUAUGCCAACUUCCCAGAAGCACCUCAGGAGGAGGCUUCUCUCAGCAAUAGGCUCAAGACGUAUGCCAACUUCCCAGAAGCACCUCAGGAGGAGGCUUCUCUCAGCAAUAGGCUCAAGACGUAUGCCAACUUCCCAGAAGCACCUCAGGAGGAGGCUUCUCUCAGCAAUAGGCUCAAGACGUAUGCCAACUUCCCAGAAGCACCUCAGGAGGAGGCUUCUCUCAGCAAUAGGCUCAAGACGUAUGCCAACUUCCCAGAAGCACCUCAGGAGGAGGCUUCUCUCAGCAAUAGGCUCAAGACGUAUGCCAACUUCCCAGAAGCACCUCAGGAGGAGGCUUCUCUCAGCAAUAGGCUCAAGACGUAUGCCAACUUCCCAGAAGCACCUCAGGAGGAGGCUUCUCUCAGCAAUAGGCUCAAGACGUAUGCCAACUUCCCAGAAGCACCUCAGGAGGAGGCUUCUCUCAGCAAUAGGCUCAAGACGUAUGCCAACUUCCCAGAAGCACCUCAGGAGGAGGCUUCUCUCAGCAAUAGGCUCAAGACGUAUGCCAACUUCCCAGAAGCACCUCAGGAGGAGGCUUCUCUCAGCAAUAGGCUCAAGACGUAUGCCAACUUCCCAGAAGCACCUCAGGAGGAGGCUUCUCUCAGCAAUAGGCUCAAGACGUAUGCCAACUUCCCAGAAGCACCUCAGGAGGAGGCUUCUCUCAGCAAUAGGCUCAAGACGUAUGCCAACUUCCCAGAAGCACCUCAGGAGGAGGCUUCUCUCAGCAAUAGGCUCAAGACGUAUGCCAACUUCCCAGAAGCACCGCAGGAGGAGGCUUCUCUCAGCAAUAGGCUCAAGACGUAUGCCAACUUCCCAGAAGCACCUCAGGAGGAGGCUUCUCUCAGCAAUAGGCUCAAGACGUAUGCCAACUUCCCAGAAGCACCUCAGGAGGAGGCUUCUCUCAGCAAUAGGCUCAAGACGUAUGCCAACUUCCCAGAAGCACCUCAGGAGGAGGCUUCUCUCAGCAAUAGGCUCAAGACGUAUGCCAACUUCCCAGAAGCACCUCAGGAGGAGGCUUCUCUCAGCAAUAGGCUCAAGACGUAUGCCAACUUCCCAGAAGCACCUCAGGAGGAGGCUUCUCUCAGCAAUAGGCUCAAGACGUAUGCCAACUUCCCAGAAGCACCUCAGGAGGAGGCUUCUCUCAGCAAUAGGCUCAAGACGUAUGCCAACUUCCCAGAAGCACCUCAGGAGGAGGCUUCUCUCAGCAAUAGGCUCAAGACGUAUGCCAACUUCCCAGAAGCACCUCAGGAGGAGGCUUCUCUCAGCAAUAGGCUCAAGACGUAUGCCAACUUCCCAGAAGCACCUCAGGAGGAGGCUUCUCUCAGCAAUAGGCUCAAGACGUAUGCCAACUUCCCAGAAGCACCUCAGGAGGAGGCUUCUCUCAGCAAUAGGCUCAAGACGUAUGCCAACUUCCCAGAAGCACCUCAGGAGGAGGCUUCUCUCAGCAAUAGGCUCAAGACGUAUGCCAACUUCCCAGAAGCACCUCAGGAGGAGGCUUCUCUCAGCAAUAGGCUCAAGACGUAUGCCAACUUCCCAGAAGCACCUCAGGAGGAGGCUUCUCUCAGCAAUAGGCUCAAGACGUAUGCCAACUUCCCAGAAGCACCUCAGGAGGAGGCUUCUCUCAGCAAUAGGCUCAAGACGUAUGCCAACUUCCCAGAAGCACCUCAGGAGGAGGCUUCUCUCAGCAAUAGGCUCAAGACGUAUGCCAACUUCCCAGAAGCACCUCAGGAGGAGGCUUCUCUCAGCCAUAGGCUCAAGACGUAUGCCAACUUCCCAGAAGCACCUCAGGAGGAGGCUUCUCUCAGCAAUAGGCUCAAGACGUAUGCCAACUUCCCAGAAGCACCUCAGGAGGAGGCUUCUCUCAGCAAUAGGCUCAAGACGUAUGCCAACUUCCAAGAAGCACCUCAGGAGGAGGCUUCUCUCAGCAAUAGGCUCAAGACGUAUGCCAACUUCCCAGAAGCACCUCAGGAGGAGGCUUCUCUCAGCAAUAGGCUCAAGACGUAUGCCAACUUCCCAGAAGCACCUCAGGAGGAGGCUUCUCUCAGCAAUAGGCUCAAGACGUAUGCCAACUUCCCAGAAGCACCUCAGGAGGAGGCUUCUCUCAGCAAUAGGCUCAAGACGUAUGCCAACUUCCCAGAAGCACCUCAGGAGGAGGCUUCUCUCAGCAAUAGGCUCAAGACGUAUGCCAACUUCCCAGAAGCACCUCAGGAGGAGGCUUCUCUCAGCAAUAGGCUCAAGACGUAUGCCAACUUCCCAGAAGCACCUCAGGAGGAGGCUUCUCUCAGCAAUAGGCUCAAGACGUAUGCCAACUUCCCAGAAGCACCUCAGGAGGAGGCUUCUCUCAGCAAUAGGCUCAAGACGUAUGCCAACUUCCCAGAAGCACCUCAGGAGGAGGCUUCUCUCAGCAAUAGGCUCAAGACGUAUGCCAACUUCCCAGAAGCACCUCAGGAGGAGGCUUCUCUCAGCAAUAGGCUCAAGACGUAUGCCAACUUCCCAGAAGCACCUCAGGAGGAGGCUUCUCUCAGCAAUAGGCUCAAGACGUAUGCCAACUUCCCAGAAGCACCUCAGGAGGAGGCUUCUCUCAGCAAUAGGCUCAAGACGUAUGCCAACUUCCCAGAAGCACCUCAGGAGGAGGCUUCUCUCAGCAAUAGGCUCAAGACGUAUGCCAACUUUCAAGACGCACCUCAGGAGGAGGCUUCUCUCAGCAAUAGGCUCAAGACGUAUGCCAACUUCCCAGAAGCACCUCAGGAGGAGGCUUCUCUCAGCAAUAGGCUCAAGACGUAUGCCAACUUCCCAGAAGCACCUCAGGAGGAGGCUUCUCUCAGCAAUAGGCUCAAGACGUAUGCCAACUUCCCAGAAGCACCUCAGGAGGAGGCUUCUCUCAGCAAUAGGCUCAAGACGUAUGCCAACUUCCCAGAAGCACCUCAGGAGGAGGCUUCUCUCAGCAAUAGGCUCAAGACGUAUGCCAACUUCCCAGAAGCACCUCAGGAGGAGGCUUCUCUCAGCAAUAGGCUCAAGACUUAUGCCAACUUCCCAGAAGCACCUCAGGAGGAGGCUUCUCUCAGCAAUAGGCUCAAGACGUAUGCCAACUUCCCAGAAGCACCUCAGGAGGAGGCUUCUCUCAGCAAUAGGUUCAAGACGUAUGCCAACUUCCCAGAAGCACCUCAGGAGGAGGCUUCUCUCAGCAAUAGGCUCAAGACGUAUGCCAACUUCCCAGAAGCACCUCAGGAGGAGGCUUCUCUCAGCAAUAGGCUCAAGACGUAUGCCAACUUCCCAGAAGCACCACAGGAGGAGGCUUCUCUCAGCAAUAGGCUCAAGACGUAUGCCAACUUCCCAGAAGCACCUCAGGAGGAGGCUUCUCUCAGCAAUAGGCUCAAGACGUAUGCCAACUUCCCAGAAGCACCUCAGGAGGAGGCUUCUCUCAGCAAUAGGCUCAAGACGUAUGCCAACUUCCCAGAAGCACCUCAGGAGGAGGCUUCUCUCAGCAAUAGGCUCAAGACGUAUGCCAACUUCCCAGAAGCACCUCAGGAGGAGGCUUCUCUCAGCAAUAGGCUCAAGACGUAUGCCAACUUCCCAGAAGCACCUCAGGAGGAGGCUUCUCUCAGCAAUAGGCUCAAGACGUAUGCCAACUUCCCAGAAGCACCUCAGGAGGAGGCUUCUCUCAGCAAUAGGCUCAAGACGUAUGCCAACUUCCCAGAAGCACCUCAGGAGGAGGCUUCUCUCAGCAAUAGGCUCAAGACGUAUGCCAACUUCCCAGAAGCACCUCAGGAGGAGGCUUCUCUCAGCAAUAGGCUCAAGACGUAUGCCAACUUCCCAGAAGCACCUCAGGAGGAGGCUUCUCUCAGCAAUAGGCUCAAGACGUAUGCCAACUUCCCAGAAGCACCUCAGGAGGAGGCUUCUCUCAGCAAUAGGCUCAAGACGUAUGCCAACUUCCCAGAAGCACCUCAGGAGGAGGCUUCUCUCAGCAAUAGGCUCAAGACGUAUGCCAACUUCCCAGAAGCACCUCAGGAGGAGGCUUCUCUCAGCAAUAGGCUCAAGACGUAUGCCAACUUCCCAGAAGCACCUCAGGAGGAGGCUUCUCUCAGCAAUAGGCUCAAGACGUAUGCCAACUUCCCAGAAGCACCUCAGGAGGAGGCUUCUCUCAGCAAUAGGCUCAAGACGUAUGCCAACUUCCCAGAAGCACCUCAGGAGGAGGCUUCUCUCAGCAAUAGGCUCAAGACGUAUGCCAACUUCCCAGAAGCACCUCAGGAGGAGGCUUCUCUCAGCAAUAGGCUCAAGACGUAUGCCAACUUCCCAGAAGCACCUCAGGAGGAGGCUUCUCUCAGCAAUAGGCUCAAGACGUAUGCCAACUUCCCAGAAGCACCUCAGGAGGAGGCUUCUCUCAGCAAUAGGCUCAAGACGUAUGCCAACUUCCCAGAAGCACCUCAGGAGGAGGCUUCUCUCAGCAAUAGGCUCAAGACGUAUGCCAACUUCCCAGAAGCACCUCAGGAGGAGGCUUCUCUCAGCAAUAGGCUCAAGACGUAUGCCAACUUCCCAGAAGCACCUCAGGAGGAGGCUUCUCUCAGCAAUAGGCUCAAGACGUAUGCCAACUUCCCAGAAGCACCUCAGGAGGAGGCUUCUCUCAGCAAUAGGCUCAAGACGUAUGCCAACUUCCCAGAAGCACCUCAGGAGGAGGCUUCUCUCAGCAAUAGGCUCAAGACGUAUGCCAACUUCCCAGAAGCACCUCAGGAGGAGGCUUCUCUCAGCAAUAGGCUCAAGACGUAUGCCAACUUCCCAGAAGCACCUCAGGAGGAGGCUUCUCUCAGCAAUAGGCUCAAGACGUAUGCCAACUUCCCAGAAGCACCUCAGGAGGAGGCUUCUCUCAGCAAUAGGCUCAAGACGUAUGCCAACUUCCCAGAAGCACCUCAGGAGGAGGCUUCUCUCAGCAAUAGGCUCAAGACGUAUGCCAACUUCCCAGAAGCACCUCAGGAGGAGGCUUCUCUCAGCAAUAGGCUCAAGACGUAUGCCAACUUCCCAGAAGCACCUCAGGAGGAGGCUUCUCUCAGCAAUAGGCUCAAGACGUAUGCCAACUUCCCAGAAGCACCUCAGGAGGAGGCUUCUCUCAGCAAUAGGCUCAAGACGUAUGCCAACUUCCCAGAAGCACCUCAGGAGGAGGCUUCUCUCAGCAAUAGGCUCAAGACGUAUGCCAACUUCCCAGAAGCACCUCAGGAGGAGGCUUCUCUCAGCAAUAGGCUCAAGACGUAUGCCAACUUCCCAGAAGCACCUCAGGAGGAGGCUUCUCUCAGCAAUAGGCUCAAGACGUAUGCCAACUUCCCAGAAGCACCUCAGGAGGAGGCUUCUCUCAGCAAUAGGCUCAAGACGUAUGCCAACUUCCCAGAAGCACCUCAGGAGGAGGCUUCUCUCAGCAAUAGGCUCAAGACGUAUGCCAACUUCCCAGAUGCACCUCAGGAGGAGGCUUCUCUCAGCAAUAGGCUCAAGACGUAUGCCAACUUCCCAGAAGCACCUCAGGAGGAGGCUUCUCUCAGCAAUAGGCUCAAGACGUAUGCCAACUUCCCAGAAGCACCUCAGGAGGAGGCUUCUCUCAGCAAUAGGCUCAAGACGUAUGCCAACUUCCCAGAAGCACCUCAGGAGGAGGCUUCUCUCAGCAAUAGGCUCAAGACGUAUGCCAACUUCCCAGAAGCACCUCAGGAGGAGGCUUCUCUCAGCAAUAGGCUCAAGACGUAUGCCAACUUCCCAGAAGCACCUCAGGAGGAGGCUUCUCUCAGCAAUAGGCUCAAGACGUAUGCCAACUUCCCAGAAGCACCUCAGGAGGAGGCUUCUCUCAGCAAUAGGCUCAAGACGUAUGCCAACUUCCCAGAAGCACCUCAGGAGGAGGCUUCUCUCAGCAAUAGGCUCAAGACGUAUGCCAACUUCCCAGAAGCACCUCAGGAGGAGGCUUCUCUCAGCAAUAGGCUCAAGACGUAUGCCAACUUCCCAGAAGCACCUCAGGAGGAGGCUUCUCUCAGCAAUAGGCUCAAGACGUAUGCCAACUUCCCAGAAGCACCUCAGGAGGAGGCUUCUCUCAGCAAUAGGCUCAAGACGUAUGCCAACUUCCCAGAAGCACCUCAGGAGGAGGCUUCUCUCAGCAAUAGGCUCAAGACGUAUGCCAACUUCCCAGAAGCACCUCAGGAGGAGGCUUCUCUCAGCAAUAGGCUCAAGACGUAUGCCAACUUCCCAGAAGCACCUCAGGAGGAGGCUUCUCUCAGCAAUAGGCUCAAGACGUAUGCCAACUUCCCAGAAGCACCUCAGGAGGAGGCUUCUCUCAGCAAUAGGCUCAAGACGUAUGCCAACUUCCCAGAAGCACCUCAGGAGGAGGCUUCUCUCAGCAAUAGGCUCAAGACGUAUGCCAACUUUCCAGAAGCCCCUUUGGAGGAGGCUUCUCUCAGCAAUAGGCUCAAGACGUAUGCCAACUUCCCAGAAACACCUCAGGAGGAGGCUUCUCUCAGCAAUAGGCUCAAGACGUAUGCCAACUUUCCAGAAGCCCCUUUGGAGGAGGCUUCUCUCAGCAAUAGGCUCAAGACGUAUGCCAACUUCCCAGAAGCACCUCAGGAGGAGGCUUCUCUCAGCAAUAGGCUCAAGACGUAUGCCAACUUCCCAGAAGCACCUCAGGAGGAGGCUUCUCUCAGCAAUAGGCUCAAGACGUAUGCCAACUUCCCAGAAGCACCUCAGGAGGAGGCUUCUCUCAUCAAUAGGCUCAAGACGUAUGCCAACUUCCCAGAAGCACCUCAGGAGGAGGCUUCUCUCAGCAAUAGGCUCAAGACGUAUGCCAACUUCCCAGAAGCACCUCAGGAGGAGGCUUCUCUCAGCAAUAGGCUCAAGACGUAUGCCAACUUCCCAGAAGCACCUCAGGAGGAGGCUUCUCUCAGCAAUAGGCUCAAGACGUAUGCCAACUUCCCAGAAGCACCUCAGGAGGAGGCUUCUCUCAGCAAUAGGCUCAAGACGUAUGCCAACUUCCCAGAAGCACCUCAGGAGGAGGCUUCUCUCAGCAAUAGGCUCAAGACGUAUGCCAACUUCCCAGAAGCACCUCAGGAGGAGGCUUCUCUCAGCAAUAGGCUCAAGACGUAUGCCAACUUCCCAGAAGCACCUCAGGAGGAGGCUUCUCUCAGCAAUAGGCUCAAGACGUAUGCCAACUUCCCAGAAGCACCUCAGGAGGAGGCUUCUCUCAGCAAUAGGCUCAAGACGUAUGCCAACUUCCCAGAAGCACCUCAGGAGGAGGCUUCUCUCAGCAAUAGGCUCAAGACGUAUGCCAACUUCCCAGAAGCACCCCAGGAGGAGGCUUCUCUCAGCAAUAGGCUCAAGACGUAUGCCAACUUCCCAGAAGCACCUCAGGAGGAGGCUUCUCUCAGCAAUAGGCUCAAGACGUAUGCCAACUUCCCAGAAGCACCUCAGGAGGAGGCUUCUCUCAGCAAUAGGCUCAAGACGUAUGCCAACUUCCCAGAAGCACCUCAGGAGGAGGCUUCUCUCAGCAAUAGGCUCAAGACGUAUGCCAACUUCCCAGAAGCACCUCAGGAGGAGGCUUCUCUCAGCAAUAGGCUCAAGACGUAUGCCAACUUCCCAGAAGCACCUCAGGAGGAGGCUUCUCUCAGCAAUAGGCUCAAGACGUAUGCCAACUUCCCAGAAGCACCUCAGGAGGAGGCUUCUCUCAGCAAUAGGCUCAAGACGUAUGCCAACUUCCCAGAAGCACCUCAGGAGGAGGCUUCUCUCAGCAAUAGGCUCAAGACGUAUGCCAACUUCCCAGAAGCACCCCAGGAGGAGGCUUCUCUCAGCAAUAGGCUCAAGACGUAUGCCAACUUCCCAGAAGCACCUCAGGAGGAGGCUUCUCUCAGCAAUAGGCUCAAGACGUAUGCCAACUUCCCAGAAGCACCUCAGGAGGAGGCUUCUCUCAGCAAUAGGUUCAAGACGUAUGCCAACUUCCCAGAAGCACCUCAGGAGGAGGCUUCUCUCAGCAAUAGGCUCAAGACGUAUGCCAACUUCCCAGAAGCACCUCAGGAGGAGGCUUCUCUCAGCAAUAGGCUCAAGACGUAUGCCAACUUCCCAGAAGCACCUCAGGAGAAGGCUUCUCUCAGCAAUAGGCUCAAGACGUAUGCCAACUUCCCAGAAGCACCUCAGGAGGAGGCUUCUCUCAGCAAUAGGCUCAAGACGUAUGCCAACUUCCCAGAAGCACCUCAGGAGGAGGCUUCUCUCAGCAAUAGGCUCAAGACGUAUGCCAACUUCCCAGAAGCACCUCAGGAGGAGGCUUCUCUCAGCAAUAGGCUCAAGACGUAUGCCAACUUCCCAGAAGCACCUCAGGAGGAGGCUUCUCUCAGCAAUAGGCUCAAGACGUAUGCCAACUUCCCAGAAGCACCUCAGGAGGAGGCUUCUCUCAGCAAUAGGCUCAAGACAUAUGCCAACUUCCCAGAAGCACCUCAGGAGGAGGCUUCUCUCAGCAAUAGGCUCAAGACGUAUGCCAACUUCCCAGAAGCACCUCAGGAGGAGGCUUCUCUCAGCAAUAGGCUCAAGACGUAUGCCAACUUCCCAGAAGCACCUCAGGAGGAGGCUUCUCUCAGCAAUAGGCUCAAGACGUAUGCCAACUUCCCAGAAGCACCUCAGGAGGAGGCUUCUCUCAGCAAUAGGCUCAAGACGUAUGCCAACUUCCCAGAAGCACCUCAGGAGGAGGCUUCUCUCAGCAAUAGGCUCAAGACGUAUGCCAACUUCCCAGAAGCACCUCAGGAGGAGGCUUCUCUCAGCAAUAGGCUCAAGACGUAUGCCAACUUCCCAGAAGCACCUCAGGAGGAGGCUUCUCUCAGCAAUAGGCUCAAGACGUAUGCCAACUUCCCAGAAGCACCUCAGGAGGAGGCUUCUCUCAGCAAUAGGCUCAAGACGUAUGCCAACUUCCCAGAAGCACCUCAGGAGGAGGCUUCUCUCAGCAAUAGGCUCAAGACGUAUGCCAACUUCCCAGAAGCACCUCAGGAGGAGGCUUCUCUCAGCAAUAGGCUCAAGACGUAUGCCAACUUCCCAGAAGCACCUCAGGAGGAGGCUUCUCUCAGCAAUAGGAAUCCCAAAAUCCCUGUGGCUACUGGAAAGGGUCCUUGGGUGCCCUGCCUCACCUCGAGAAGCGUCCCUUUUGCCCUGCCAAGCCUCGAAGAGAUUCCUGAGGUGUCCCUCGUUACUAGACAGGAGUCGUGA